UCCACGGUAAGGACUUGUGAUAAGAGGCUCACUCGAAUGGCUCCGCAGUGUGCAGCGUGCAUAUGGUGCAUCCCAGGAGUCUGAAGGCGGUGCUUCAGCAUCAUCUUAAUGAAUAAUCAAGAAUAAACCCCAUUACGAUGUCAAGUGCCUUCUCAGAAACUCUAAGCUUUAUAAACAGCAGUAGCAAAAACCUGUGAGUCUGACCAGUCUCCCUAAAAUUAUUUGCUACUGAUUUGACAGCCAAAAGGUCAGCUGUUAUGAUCUUUUCGAAAGUUGAUUUCAAAGGAGCCGGCAGAAUGUCCUCGCUGAACUGCAUCACUUCCUUCCUGGGACCAUCAAGGGACCUCCCCAGCCUUUCAAGAUAGGUUCUGCUCAGAAAGGUCAGUCGGGCAGUGGAAACCCUGGGCAAAAGUUAACAGCUAGCGCAGUGCAUCGCCUUCCCAGCGCUUUCGGCCAUUUCUUUCCCUCCUCGACCCCAGAGAGGUGGACUCCCGUGGGAAGGCUCGCCAAGACAGGGGGUCACAGCACGGCUUUGCAGCCUCGGAGAGACACCAGAGGCCGUGCAUCUCCAGGAGGUUCCUCAGGUCAUUUAAGAGGAUAGUCAAAGAAAAGAAGAAAAUAAGUGGCUCAAUCUUUGGGAACGCUGACUCCGUGCUGACUGUUGCAAGUGCCUGGGAUUCAUUUACGACUCCGUAGACCUAGGGAAGUUCAAGUAUGUUUUCCGGAGUGGCUAGUGCUGCACUGCCCUAAGUGAAGAGUCUCUGGUGCUGGUUUCCUGUGACAGGAGGGACCAUGGCAUCCGCCAGGACGGCUUCACGGUCUCCUCGGGACAUUGCCAAUGUGAUGCAAAGGCUGCAAGAUGAGCAAGAGAUAGUACAAAAACGGACUUUCACAAAAUGGAUCAACUCUCACCUGGCCAAGCGGAAACCCCCAAUGGUGGUAGAUGAUCUUUUUGAAGACAUGAAAGAUGGUGUUAAGCUGCUUGCUCUUCUGGAAGUCCUGUCGGGGCAGAAACUGCCUUGCGAACAAGGACGCCGAAUGAAGCGGAUCCAUGCUGUGGCUAACAUUGGCACGGCGCUCAAGUUCCUUGAAGGAAGGAAGUCCAUGUACAGAGGAUCACCGAUUAAAUUAGUCAACAUUAACUCCACUGAUAUAGCUGAUGGCCGACCCUCAAUAGUUCUCGGAUUGAUGUGGACCAUAAUUCUAUAUUUCCAGAUUGAGGAGUUGACCAGCAACCUGCCGCAGCUCCAGUCCUUGUCCAGCAGUACAUCCUCUGUAGACGGCGUGGUCAGCUCUGAGACUGCCAGCCCCCCAAGUAAACGGAAGGUGGCCACCAAGAUCCAAGGAAAUGCUAAGAAGGCUUUAUUAAACUGGGUUCAGUACAUAGCAGCCAAGCAGACUGGAAUCGAAGUCAAAGACUUUGGGCGCAGUUGGAGAAGUGGGGUUGCCUUUCAUUCAGUCAUUCAUGCCAUUCGACCAGAAUUAGUGGAUUUGGAGAAACUGAAAGGGAGAUCUAACCGAGAAAAUCUGGACGAGGCUUUCACAAUUGCUGAAACAGAACUGGGGAUCCCAAGACUACUGGAUCCUGAAGAUGUCGAUGUGGAUAAACCAGAUGAGAAAUCUAUUAUGACCUAUGUAGCCCAGUUUCUGAAACAAUAUCCGGACAUCCACAAUACAGGCACCGACGGGCAAGAGACUGAUGAAAUAAUUCCAGGUUUCCCAUCUUUUGCAAAUUCUAUCCAAAAUUUUAAGAGAGAUGACAGGCUAAUUUUGAAGGAAACAAAAGUUUGGAUAGAACAAUUUGAAAGAGAUUUGACAAGGGCACAGAUGACAGAAUCAAAUUUGCAGGAUAAAUAUCAGUCAUUUAAGCACUUCAGAGUUCAAUAUGAAAUAAAAAGGAAACAGAUUGAACAUUUAAUACAACCAUUACAUAGAGAUGGUAAAUUGUCACUUGACCAAGCGUUGGUAAAACAGUCCUGGGACAGAGUGUCCUCCAGGCUCUUUGAUUGGCAUAUUCAGCUUGAUAAAUCUCUUCCUGCACCUCUGGGUACCAUAGGAGCCUGGUUAUACAGAGCAGAGCUGGCUCUGAGAGAGGAGAUAACCAUUCAGCAGGUCCAUGAGGAAACGGCCAACACAAUACAACGCAAACGUGAGCAACACAAGGAUCUGCUUCAAAACACAGAUGCCCACAAAAGAGCGUUCCAUGAAAUCUACCGGACCAGGUCUGUGAAUGGGAUCCCAGUGCCACCUGAUCAAUUAGAGGACAUGGCCGAGAGGUUUCAUUUUGUUUCCUCCACAUCAGAGCUACACUUAAUGAAAAUGGAAUUUCUAGAGUUAAAGUACCGUCUACUCUCACUGCUGGUUCUUGCAGAGUCAAAGCUGAAAUCUUGGAUCAUCAAGUAUGGGAGGAGAGAGUCAGUGGAGCUGCUUCUGCAAAACUACAUCUCUUUUAUAGAAAAUAGCAAGUUCUUUGAGCAAUAUGAAGUGACAUACCAGAUCUUGAAGCAGACAGCUGAGAUGUACGUCAAAGCUGAUGGUUCAGUGGAAGAAGCCGAGAAUGUGAUGAAAUUCAUGAAUGAAACUACUGCCCAGUGGAGGAACCUCUCAGUAGAAGUUAGGAGCGUGAGGAGCAUGCUGGAAGAAGUCAUCGCUAACUGGGAUCGAUAUGGCAAUACUGUGGCUAGUCUUCAGGCCUGGCUGGAGGAUGCUGAAAAAAUGCUAAAUCAAUCAGAACAUGCCAAAAAGGAUUUUUUUCGAAACUUGCCCCAUUGGAUUCAGCAGCACACUGCCAUGAAUGAUGCCGGCAAUUUUCUCAUUGAAACAUGUGAUGAGAUGGUUUCCCGUGAUCUUAAACAACAGUUGCUGUUGCUAAAUGGGCGAUGGAGGGAGUUGUUUAUGGAAGUUAAGCAAUAUGCUCGAGCUGAUGAGUUGGACAGAAUGAAGAAAGAAUACGCAGACUGUAUUACUACCCUGUCUGAUUUUGCAGCUGAAGCCCAUAGGAAACUUUCGGAGCCCUUAGAAGUCUCUUUCAUUAAUGUCAAGUUAUUAAUUCAAGACUUGGAGGAUAUUGAGCAGAGGGUGCCUGUGAUGGAUGCUCAGUACAAGAUGAUUACAAAGACAGCACACCUCAUUACCAAAGAGAGCUCCCAAGAAGAAGCUAAGGAAAUGUUUGCAACCAUGUCUGGGCUUAAAGAACAGCUAACCAAGGUCAAAGAAUGUUACUCCCCACUCCUUUAUGAGUCUCAGCAGCUGUUGAUACCGUUGGAAGAAUUAGAAAAACAGAUGACAUUCUUUUAUGAAUCACUUGGGAAAAUAAAUGAAAUUCUAACAGUUCUUGAGCAUGAGGCACAAUCAAGUGCUCUUUUUAAACAAAAACAUCAGGAACUGUUAGCUUGUCAAGAAAGCUGUAAGAAAACUAUGACACAGAUUGAGAAAGGCAGUCAAAAUGUUCAAAAGUUUGUGACCUUGAGCAAGGUGUUAAAGCAUUUUGAUCAGAAGAAGCUACAGAGACAGAUUGCAGAUGCUCAUGUUGCUUUUCAAAAUAUGGUAAAGAAAACUGGAGAUUGGAAGAAACACGUGGAAACCAACAGCCGCUUGAUGAAGAAAUUUGAGGAGUCUCGAGCAGAGCUGGAGAAGGUGCUGCGGACGGCUCAGGAGGGCAUGGAGGAAAAGGGGAAUCCAGAAGACCUCCUGAGGAGACAUACUGAGUUUUUCAGUCAGCUGGAUCAGAGGGUGCUCAAUGCUUUUCUGAAAGCUUGUGACGAGCUCACCGACAUUCUCCCUGAGCAGGAACAGCAGGGCCUGCAGGAAGCUGUCAGAAAGCUGCAUAAACAGUGGAAGGAUCUUCAAGGAGAAGCCCCAUAUCAUUUGCUUCAUCUGAAGAUUGAUGUGGAGAAGAAUAGGUUCUUAGCUUCAGUGGAAGAGUGCAGAACCGAGCUGGAUCGAGAGACCAAGCUGGUGCCCCAGGAAGGCAGCGAAAAGAUCCUUAAAGAGCACAGGAUUUUCUUCAGUGACAAAGGUCCUCAUCACCUCUGUGAGAAAAGGUUACAGCUCAUUGAAGAACUGUGUCUGAAGCUCCCAGUCCGGGACCCUGUAAGGAACACCCCUGAGACUUGCCACGUGACACUCAAAGAGCUCAGAGCUGCCAUUGACAGCACCUAUGCGAAGCUCGUGGAGGACCCGGACAAGUGGAAGGACUACACUGGCAGAAUUUCUGAGUUCUCAUCUUGGAUAUCUGCAAAGGAGACACAGUUGAAGGAGAUUAAGAGUGAGGCCAUCGAUACUGCCAACCAUGGAGACAUUAAACAUGCUGUAGAAGAGAUCAGAAAUGACGUUUCCAAAAAAGGCGAGAUUCUCAACUGGCUGAAAUCCAGGCUUAAAAUUUUGAUUGAAGUUUCUUCUGAGAACGAAGCCCAGAAGCAAGGAGAUGAGCUGGCAAAAUUGUCUAGUUCCUUCAAGGCUUUUGUAACUUUGUUGUCAGAGGUUGAAAAGAGGGUAAGCAACUUUGGGGACUGUGUCCAGUACAAAGAAAUAGUCCAAAGUUCCCUUGAAGAGUUAAUUUCUGGCUCUAAAGAAGUCCAGGAACAAGCCGAGAAGAUCUUGGACGCUGAAAGUCUGUUCGAAGCGCAGCAGUUGCUCCUUCAUCACCAGCAAAAGACAAAGAGGAUCUCUGCAAAGAAGCAGGAUGUGCAGCAGCAGCUCGCACAGGCUCGGCAGGGGGAAGGUGGGUUGCCCAGCCAGGCCCAAGAAGAGCUGUGGAAGCUGGAGAGCACCCUGGACAGCAUGGAGCACAGCAGGGAGAAGCAGGAACGCCGCAUCCAGCUCACGUUAAGAAAAUGGGAGAGAUUUGAAACAAACAAAGAGACAGUGGUCAGAUACCUUUUUCAAACAGGUUCCAGCCACGAGCGCUUCUUGAGUUUCAGCAGUUUGGAAAGCUUGUCGUCAGAACUGGAACAGACAAAGGAGUUCUCUAAACGAACUGAAGGCAUUGCAGUCCAGGCUGAGAAUCUUGUGAAGGAAGCUUCAGAGAUACCACUUGGGCCCAAGAAUAAGCAGCUGCUUCAACAGCAGGCCAAAUCAGUCAGAGAGCAAGUCAAAAAAUUAGAAGGCACGCUUGAAGAAGAUAUUAAAACCAUGGAAAUGGUGAAAAACAAGUGGGAUCAUUUUGGCAAUAAUUUUGAGACCCUGUCCGUCUGGAUUACUGAGAAAGAAAAAGAACUCAGUGCUCUGGAAACUUCGUCAUCUGCCAUGGACAUGCAAAUCAGCCAAAUUAAGGUCAUAAUUCAAGAAAUAGAAAGUAAGAUCAGCAGCAUUACAGGACUAGAAGAAGCAGCUCAGUCUUUUGCCCAAUUUAUUACCACUGGAGAAUCUGCUCGAAUCAAAGCCAAGUUAACACAAAUAAGAAGAUACUGGGAAGAACUUCGAGAACAUGCACAGUGUCUGGAAGGAACAAUCCUGGGACAUCUAUCUCAGCAGCAAAAGUUUGAGGAGAAUCUUAGAAAGAUCCAGCAGUCUGUGUCUGAAUUUGAAAAUAAACUUGCUGAGCCAAUCAAAAUAUGUUCUUCAGCUACAGAAACAUACAAAGUCCUCCAAGAACAUAUGGAUCUCUGUCAGGCCCUGGAAUCGCUGGCCAGCACAGUAGCUGCUUUCUCAGCCAGUGCCCGGAAGGUUGCUAACAGAGGCUCCUCCGUCCAGGAGGCCGCGGCCCUGCAGCAGAGAUACGAGGGGAUGCUGAAUCAGGCUAAGGAGAGACAGACUGUGCUGGAGAACGUGCUGGCCCACUGGCAGAGGCUAGAGAAAGAAUUGUCAACCUUUUUGACCUGGUUAGAGCGGUGUGAAGCUAUCGCCAGUUCCCCAGAAAUGGACAUUUCUGCAGACAGAGUCAAAGUGGAGAGUGAACUUCAGUUAACACAGGCGCUGCAAAAUGAAGUCGUAUCCCAGGCCUCCAUCUACAGCAACCUUUUGCAGUUGAAGGAAUCACUGUUUUCAGUGGCCUCCAAAGACGAUGUGAAAAUGAUGAAACUACAUUUGCAGCAGUUGGAUGAAAGAUGGAGAGAUUUGCCACAGAUAAUUAGCAAAAGGAUUAAUUUUCUUCAGUCGGUGGUUGCUGAACACCAGCAAUUUGAUGAACUACUGCUUUCCUUUUCUGUCUGGAUUAAGCUGUUUCUCAGUAAAUUACAGACUACUUCUGAGAUAAGCCUAACAGACCAUCAGGCAGCUCUCACUCGGCACAAGGACCACGCAGCAGAAGUAGAGAGCAAAAAGGGAGAACUGCAGAGUCUGCAGAGUCACCUCGUGAGGCUGGGUGCUCUGGGUCGAGGGGAGGACCUCCACCUCCUCCAGGGCAAGGCGGAGGACUGCUUCCAGCUCUUCGAGGAGGCCAGCCAGGUCGUGGAGAGACGGCAGCUUGCCCUUGCCCAGCUGGCUGAAUUCCUACAGAGCCAUGCCUCUCUGUCAGCAGUUCUCCACCGGCUGAGGGAAACGGUGGAAGCAACCCACAGUAUGAAUAAGAAACAGUCUGACUUAUUAGAAAAGGACCUAAAGAAUGCUAUUCAAGAUGUUAAAACAUUAGAAUCUACUGCCAUCAGUCUUGAUGGUGUUCUCACCAAAGCCCAGUAUCAUCUUAAAAGUGGAAGUUCUGAGCAAAGGACUUCCUGCAGAACAACAGCUGAUCAUCUCUGUUUUGAAUUAGAGAGGAUCCAGAACCUUCUAGGAACCAAGCAGAGUGAGGCAGAUGCCCUGGCAGUACUGAAAAAAGCAUUCCAAGACCAGAAAGAGGAGUUGCUGAAAAGCAUUGAGGAUAUCGAAGAGCGGACUGACAAAGAGCGAUUGAAAGAACUUACCCGCCAAGCCCUUCAACAGAGGCUGAGAGUCUUUAAUCAGUUGGAAGAUGAAUUGAAUUCUCAUGAGCAUGAACUAUGUUGGUUGAAAGAUAAAGCCAAGCAAAUUGCCCAGAAAGAUGUAGGCUUUGCGCCUGAAGUUGAUAGGGAGAUCAACUGCUUAGAAGUCACCUGGAAUGAUACCAAAAAACUCAUUCAUGAAAACCAGGGUCAAUGCUGUGGACUUAUUGACUUAAUGAGAGAAUACCAGAAUCUGAAGUCAGCUGUAUCUAAAGUCCUAGAAAAGGCCAGCAAUGUGAUUGCAACCAGAACUACUAUAAAAGAUCAGGAGGACCUGAAAUGGGCCCUAUCCAAGCAUGAAACUGCCAAGAACGAAAUGUGUAAUAAGCAGAAAGAAUUGGAUAACUUUACCAGUAAAGGAAAACAGCUGUUAUCUGAGCUGAAAAAAAUUCACAGUAGUGAUUUCACCUUGGUGAAAAGAGACAUGGAGAACACCGUGGACAAAUGGCUGGAUGUAUCAGAGAGAAUUGAGGAAAACAUGGAUAAGCUGAGGCUAAGCCUGUCCAUUUGGAAUGAUGUACUGUCAGGUAAAGAGGAGAUUGACGGAUGGUCAAACAAUUCUGUUCCACAGCUGGCCGAAAGCAUCAGCAACCUGAAUAACAGCCUCAAAGCAGAAGAAUUCCUAAAAGAAUUUGAGUCUGAAGUUAAAAACAAAGCCUUGAGAUUGGAAGAACUUCAUUCCAAAGUUAAUGAUCUUAAAGAAUUAACUAAAAAUCUGGAAACACCACCAGAGCUUCAGUUUAUAGAAGCAGACUUAAGGCAGAAACUGGAGCAUGCCAAAGAAAUUACCGAAGAAGCAAAAGGAACCUUGAAAGAGUUCGCUGCUCAGAGUACACAGGUGGAGAAAUUUAUUAAUGACAUAACAACCUGGCUGACAAAACUAGAAGAAUCGUUGAUGAACUUUGCCCAAACUGAGACUUGCGAAGGGUUGAAAAAGGUGAAGGAAAUACAAAAAGAACUCCAAAGUCAGCAAAGCAACAUCAGCUCCACCCAGGAAAAUCUCAACAGCUUGUGUCGCAAGUACCACUCAGUUGAGUUGGAGAGUCUGGGCAGUGCAAUGACCGGGCUGAUAAAGAAACAUGAGGCUGCGAGCCAGCUGUGCUCCAAAACACAGGCCAGCCUUCAGGAUUCUCUGGAAAAACAUUUCAAUGAGUCUAUGCGGGAAUUUCAAGAAUGGUUUUCUGGAACAAAGGAAGCAGCAAAAAAAUCAUCUGAUAGAACUGGUGACAGCAAAGUUCUAGAAGCAAAGCUCCAUGAUCUCCAGAACAUUUUGGAUUCAGUCAGUGAUGGGCAGAGCAAGCUUGAUGCCGUGACUCAAGAAGGACAAACUUUGUACGCCCAUGUGUCUAAACAAAUCGUCAGUAGCAUUCAGGAACAAAUUACAAAGGCUAAUGAAGAGUUUCAAGCGUUUCUGAAACAAUGCCUUAAAGACAAACAGGCUCUUCAAGACUGUGCUUUAGAACUUGGGAGUUUUGAGGAUCAGCACAGAAAACUGAACUUAUGGAUCCGUGAAAUGGAUGAAAGGUUAAGUACAGAAAAUUUAGGAGAGAGUAAACAGCACAUUCCUGAGAAGAAAAAUGAAGUCCAUAAAGUUGAAAUGUUUCUGGGAGAACUCCUGGCUGCAAGAGAGUCUCUUGAUAAGCUUUCGCAGAGAGGGCAGGUUCUCAGUGAAGAAGGCCACGGUGCUGGGAAAGAGGGACGCCUGUGCUCCCAGCUCCUCUCUAACUACCAGAACUUGCUCAGGAUGACCAAAGAGAAACUGCGAAGCUGCCAGGUGGCCCUGCAGGAGCACGAAGCCCUGGAGGAGGCGCUGCGGAGCAUGUGGUCCUGGGUGAAAGACGUUCAAGACAGGCUGGCCUGUGCAGAGAGCACCCCUGGGAGCAAGGACACCUUGGAGAAACGGCUGUUACAGAUCCAGGAUAUUCUCCUGAUGAAGGGUGAAGGAGAAGUUAAGUUGAACAUGGCCAUUGGCAAAGGGGAGCAGGCCUUGAGAAGUAGCAACAAAGAAGGUCAGAAGGUGAUUCAGACUCAGCUACAGACCCUCAAAGACGUGUGGGCUGACAUCAUGAGCUCUUCUGUCCGUGCUCAGAGCACUUUAGAGGCUGUGAUUAGCCAAUGGAAUGACUAUCUAGAAUGGAAAAACCAGUUGGAGCAGUGGAUGGAAUCAGUGGACCAAAAAGUGGAACAUCCCUUGAAAGCGCAGCCAGGUCUGAAAGAGAAGUUCGCCCUUCUGGACCACUUUCAGUCCAUCGUGUCUGAGGGGGAAGAACAUGCCCAAGUCCUGCACCGCCUCAUCACAAAGUCCAGGGAGCUCUGCCAGAAGACUGAGGACGAGUCUUUCAAGGAAGCAGCUCAAGAGGAACUGAAAACACAGUUCAAUGAUAUAAUGACUGUUGCCAAGGAGAAAAUGAGGAAAGUGGAAGAGAUCGUGAAAGACCAUCUAAUGUAUUUGGAUGCAAUCCAGGAAUUCACAGAUUGGCUCCAUUCAGCAAAGGAGGAACUUCACCGGUGGUCAGAUAUGUCUGGAGACUCAUUAGCCACCCAGAAAAAGUUGUCUAAAAUUAAGGAGCUGAUGGAUUCCAGAGAGAUUGGUGCAAGCCGCCUGAGCAGAGUGGAGUCUCUGGCUCCUGCGGUGAAACAGAACACAACUGCCAGUGGGUGUGAGCUCAUGGACACGGAGAUGCAGGCCCUGUGCGCCGACUGGAAGCAGUGGGAAGACAGUGUUUUCCAAACGCAGACCAGCUUGGAGAACCUCGUUAGCCAAAUGGCUCUUUCGGAACAGGAGUUCUCAGGCCAAGUGGCUCAACUGGAGCAGGGCCUGGAAGAGUUCAGUGCCCUUCUGACAAGCUGGGCUCAGCAGUUAACUCUCCUGGAAGGCAAGAACACAGAUAAGGAAAUAGUGGAAUGCUGGCAGAAAGGACAAGAGAUACUGGAUGCCCUACAGAAAGCAGAGCCUAAGACUGAGGAUCUCAAGUCUCAGCUGAAUGAACUUUGUCGAUUCUCCAGAGACCUGAGUACAUACAGUGGGAAAGUUUCUGGCCUGAUUAAAGAAUAUAAUUGUCUUUGUUUGCAAGCAUCCAAGGGCUGUCAGAAUAAAGAACAGAUUUUACAGCAAAGAUUUCGAAGAGCCUUCAAGGAUUUCCAGCAGUGGUUGGUUAAUGCAAAAAUCACUACCGCCAAAUGUUUUGAUAUACCUCAAAAUAUUAGUGAAGUUUCAACAAGUCUUCAGAAAAUACAAGAAUUGUUGUCAGAAAGUGAAAAUGGACAACACAAGCUAAAUACGAUGCUAUCUAAAGGAGAACUUUUGAGUACUCUGUUGACCAAAGAGAAAGCUAAUGGUAUCCAGGCCAAAAUUGCAACUGCAAAAGAGGAUUGGAAAAAUUUUCAUUCAAAUCUCCACCAGAAGGAGUCUGCCCUCGAGAAUCUAAAGAUCCAAAUGAAAGACUUUGAAGUAAGCGCUGAGCCUGUACAGGACUGGCUGAGUAAAACCGAGAAGGUGGUGCAUGAAAGCAGCAACCGCCUGUAUGAUCUGCCUGCAAAGAGGAGAGAACAACAGAAGCUCCAGUCUGUCCUUGAGGAAAUAAACUGCUACGAACCUCAGCUCAACAGGCUAAAAGAGAAAGCUCAGCAGCUGUGGGAAGGACAAGCUGCCAGCAAGAGCUUUAUGCACAGAGUGUCGCAGCUGUCUUCUCAGUAUCUAGCUCUAAGCAAUUUAACAAAGGAGAAAGUGUCAAGGCUGGAUAGGACUGUGGCAGAGCACAAUCAAUUCUCCCUCGGGAUUAAAGAACUUCAGGACUGGAUGACAGAUGCCGUUCACAUGCUGGACUCUUACUGCCACCCAACAUCUGACAAAAGCGUGCUGGACAGCAGGAUGCUCAAACUUGAGGCUCUGCUGUCAGUGAAACAGGAGAAAGAGAUCCAGAUGAAAAUGAUAGUGACCAGAGGGGAGUCUGUCCUUCAGAACACCUCUCCGGAAGGUGUUGCUGCCAUUCAGCAGCAACUGCAGAGCGUGAAGGACAUGUGGGCUGCCCUCCUGUCUGCAGGGAUUCGCUGUAAAAGUCAACUUGAAGGAGCUCUGUCUAAGUGGACAAGUUAUCAAGAUGACGUUCGCCAGUUCUCCAGUUGGAUGGACGGUGUGGAAGCCAGCCUGAAUGAAUCUGAAAGGCAGUACGCAGAGCUGCGGGAGAAGACAACUGCUCUGGGGAAAGCCAAGUUACUAAAUGAAGAAGUUCUGAGUCACAGCAGCUUGCUGGAGACCAUCGAAGUCAAGGGGGCUGGCAUGACGGAACACUACGUCACCCAGUUAGAACUCCAGGAUCUACAGGAGCGAUACAGGGCAAUCAAAGAGAGGGCCAAGGAAGCAGUAACCAAGUCUGAAAAACUAGUUCGAUUGCACCAAGAGUAUCAGAGAGACCUGAAGGCAUUUGAAGUUUGGCUGGGGCAAGAACAAGAAAAGCUUGACCGAUACUCAGUUCUUGAAGGUGAUGCCCACACUCAUGAGUCAACAUUGCGGGAUCUUCAGGAGCUACAAGUGCACUGCGCAGAGGGGCAGGCGCUGCUGAAUUCAGUGCUGCACACCAGAGAGGAAGUGAUCCCGUCGGGCAUCCCCCAGACAGAGGAUCGAGCUUUAGAGUCACUCCGGCAGGACUGGCAGGCUUACCAGCAGAGACUGUCUGAGACCCGGACUCAGUUCAACAAUGUAGUCAACAAAUUGAGGCUGAUGGAACAAAAGUUUCAGCAAGUAGAUGAGUGGCUGAAAACACUGGAGGAGAAAGUGAGUCUCAGGCCUGGACGUCAGUCUAACCGGGCAACCAAGGAGACACAGUUGCAUCAGAUGAAGAAGUGGCACGAAGAAGUCACCACAUACAGAGAUGAAGUUGAGGAAGUGGGAGCCAGAGCGCAGGAGAUCCUGGACGAGAGCCACGUGAGCAGCCAACUGGGCUGCCAGGCCACCCAGCUGACUUCCAGAUACCAGGCCCUUCUUCUCCAAGUCCUGGAACAAAUAAAAUUCCUGGAGGAAGAGAUCCAGAGUUUGGAGGAAUCAGAAUUAUCCCUAAGUUCCUAUUCUGAUUGGUACAGCUCCACUCAUAAAAAUUUCAAAAAUGUGGCUGCCAAAAUUGAUAAAGUAGAUCAAGCAAUGAUGGGGAAAAAAAUGAGGACACUGGAGGGUUUGCUAAAAGACAUGGAGAAAGGCCACAGUUUGCUGAAAUCGGCCCGGGAGAAAGGAGAGAGAGCUCUUAGAUACUUAGAGGAUGAUGAGGCAGAGACGUUAAGAAAAGAGAUCCACCAUCACGUGGAGCAGUUGAAGGAACUGACCAGCACUGUCCGAAAAGAGCACAUGACUCUGGAAAAAGGCCUUCAUUUAGCAAAGGAAUUCUCAGAUAAAUAUAAAGCAUUAACUCAAUGGAUAGCAGAAUACCAAGAAAUCCUACAGAUUCCUGAAGAACCCAAAAUGGAAUUAUAUGAGAAAAAAGCUCAGUUAUCUAAAUAUAAGUCUCUUCAACAAACGGUACUGUCUCACGAGCCAUCAGUAAAAUCAGUGCGAGAGAAAGGGGAAGCUCUUCUGGAACUGGUGCAGGAUGUUGCUUUAAAGGAGAAAAUAGAUAAACUUCAAGAUGAUUACCAGGACCUCUGCAGUGCAGGAAAGGAGCAUGUCUGCAGUCUCGAGGCAAAAGUCAGAGACCACGAAGGUUACAACAGUGAGCUCCAAGAAGUGGAAAAGUGGCUGCUGCAGAUGUCAGGCAGGCUGGUGGCGCCCGACCUCAUGGAGACAAGCAGUCUGGAGACAAUUACUCAGCAACUGGCCCACCACAAGGCAAUGAUGGAAGAAAUUGCGAGUUUUGAAGAACGUUUGAACAACCUUAAAAUUAAAGGUGACGAUUUGAUCAGCCAAUGUGCAGACCACCUUCAAGCGAAGCUUAAACAAAAUGUGCACACUCAUCUGCAGGGCACGAGGGAUAGUUACUCGGCAAUCUGCAGUACAGCUCAGAGAGUGUACCAGAGUCUUGAACAUGAACUUCAGAAGCAUGUUAGUCGACAGGACACUCUACAGCAGUGCCAGGCCUGGCUUUCUGCAGUCCAGCCAGACUUAAAGCCAAGCCCACAUCCACCUCUUAGCCGGGCGGAAGCCGUUAAGCAGGUCAAACACUUCAGAGCUUUGCAGGAACAAGCAAGGACUUAUUUAGAUCUCCUUUGCUCCAUGUGUGACUUGUCGAACUCUUCAGUGAAAACCACAGCAAAAGACAUUCAACAAACCGAGCAAAUGAUUGAACAAAGGCUUGCCCAGGCACAGAACUUAACCCAGGGCUGGGAAGAGAUCAAGCACAUGAAGGCUGAGUUUUGGAUUUACCUCCAGGAUGCCGAUCAGCAACUGCAGAAUAUGAAGAGGAGGCAUGCAGAACUGGAACUGAAUAUUGCACAGAACAUGGUUUCCCAAGUAAAGGAUUUUGUUAAGAAACUACAGGGAAAGCAAGCGUCAGUGACCGCCAUUACAGACAAGGUGAAUAAGUUAACCAAGAAGCAGGAGUCUCCUGAACACAAGGAAAUAAGUCAUUUAAAUGACCACUGCCUAGACCUCUGCCUUCAGUCUAACAACCUAUGUUUGCAAAGGGAAGAGGAUCUUCAGAGAACAAGAGAUUACCAUGACUGUAUGAACGUCGUUGAAGCAUUCUUGGAAAAAUUUACCACAGAAUGGGAUAACUUGGCCAGAUCUGAUGCAGAGAGUACAGCUGUCCAUCUGGAGGCUUUGAAAAAGUUAGCAUUGGCAUUGCAGGAGAGAAAGCAGGCUGUUGACAAUCUGAAAGAUCAAAAGCAGAAAAUGAUAGAACAUCUGAAUUUAGAUGACAAAGAAUUAGUCAAAGAACAGACGAGCCACCUGGAACAACGUUGGUUUCAGCUUGAGGACCUUGUUAAAAGGAAAAUCCAAGUAUCAGUCACCAACUUGGAGGAGUUAAAUGUGGUGCGGUCCAGGUUUCAGGAGCUCAUGGAGUGGGCAGAAGAACAGCAACCCAACAUUGCUGAGGCCCUUAAACAGAGCCCCCCACCUGAGAUGGCUCAGAACCUUCUCAUGGAUCACCUUGCCAUUUGCAGUGAACUGGAGGCCAAACAGAUGCUCUUGAAAUCCCUCAUGAAGGACGCUGACAGGGUGAUGGCUGAUCUUGGCCUAAAUGAGCGGCAGAUAAUCCAGAAGGCACUCUCUGAUGCACAAAGGCAUGUGAAUUGUCUCAGUGACUUAGUGGGCCAGAGACGAAAGUACUUAAACAAGGCCUUGUCCGAGAAAACCCAGUUUCUCAUGGCGGUGUUCCAGGCGACCAGCCAAAUUCAGCAACACGAGCGAAAGAUAAUGUUCCGUGACCAUAUCUGCCUGUUACCGGACGAUGUCAGCAAACAGGUCAAAACCUGUAAGAGUGCGCAAGCCAGCCUCAAGACUUACCAGAACGAGAUCACCGGACUGUGGGCCCAGGGUCGUGAACUAAUGAAGGGAGCCACAGAACAGGAAAAGGGUGAAGUCUUGGGUAAGCUUCAGGAAUUGCAGAGCGUCUACGACACUGUGUUACAAAAGUGUAGCCAUCGGCUACAAGAACUAGAGAAAAAUUUGGUUUCUAGAAAGCAUUUUAAGGAAGACUUUGAUAAAGCUUGUCACUGGCUAAAACAAGCAGAUAUUGUUACAUUUCCUGAAAUCAACCUAAUGAAUGAGAGUACUGAGCUUCAGACACAACUGGCCAAAUACCAACACAUUCUGGAACAAUCUCCAGAAUAUGAAAAUCUCCUACUUAUGCUCCAGAGAACCGGGCAGGCCAUAUUGCCAUCGCUGAAUGAAGUCGAUCAUUCCUACCUCAGUGAAAAACUCAGCGCUCUGCCCCUGCAAUUUAAUGUCAUCGUUGCCUUAGCUAAAGACAAGUUCUAUAAGAUCCAAGAAGCAAUUCUUGCUCGGAAAGAAUAUGCUUCCUUGAUCGAGUUGACAACCCAGUCUCUGAGUGAACUCGAAGACCAGUUCUUGAAGAUGAGCCACGUCCCCACCGACCUGGUUGUUGAAGAGGCUCUGUCUCUUCAGGAGGGUUGCAGAGCCCUUCUGGGGGAGGUGGCAGGCCACGGGGAAGCAGUGGGUGAACUGAACCAGAAGAAAGAAAGCUUUCGCAGCACGGGUCAGCCUUGGCAGCCAGACAAGAUGCUGCAUCUUGUCACCUUGUACCACAGGCUGAAGCGACAAACAGAACAAAGGGUUAGCUUAUUAGAAGACACCACCAGUGCUUAUCAAGAGCACACAAAGAUGAGCCACCAGCUAGAGAAACAGCUAGACAAUGUGAAAACAGAGCAGUCCAAAGUGAACGAGGAGACGCUUCCCGCGGAGGAGAAGCUCAAAAUCUAUCACUCCUUGGCAGGAAGCCUUCAGGAUUCAGGAAUUCUUCUGAAACGAGUGACCGUGCAUCUUGAAGAUCUUGUGCCACACCUUGAUCCCUUGGCUUACGAGAAAGCCAAACAUCAGAUCCAGUCCUGGCAAGACGAGUUGAAACUGUUGACUUCGGCCAUCGGCGCGACGGUGACCGAGUGUGAGAACCGCAUGGUGCAGAGCAUAGACUUCCAGACCGAGAUGAGCCGCUCCCUGGACUGGCUGAGGAGCGUGAAGGCAGAACUGAGUGGCCCGCUGUGCCUGGACCUGAACCUGAGGGACAUCCAGGAGGAGAUCAGGAAGAUCCAGAUUCAUCAGGAGGAGGUGCAGUCCAGCCUGAGAAUAAUGAAUGCCCUGAGUAAUAAGGAGAAGGAAAAAUCCACGAAAGCCAAGGAGCUGCUGUCUGCUGAUUUACAACACACUCUUGCUGACCUCUCGGAGCUUGAUGGGGACAUUCAGGAGGCCUUACGCACCAGACAGGCUGCCUUGACUCAAAUAUACAGUCAAUGUCAAAGAUACUAUCAAGUAUUUCAAGCAGCUAAUGACUGGCUUGAGGAUGCCCAUGAAAUGCUACAGCUGGCGGGGAAUGGCCUAGAUGUGGAGAGUGCAGAGGAAAAUGUGAAGAGCCACAUGGAAUUUUUUAGUACAGAGGAUCAGUUCCACCACAAUCUGGAGGAGCUCCAAGGCCUGGUAGCCAGCCUGGACCCACUCAUCAAACCAACUGGAAGAGAGGACUUAGCACAGAAAAUGGCUUCCUUGGAAGAGAGGAGCCAGAGGAUAAUACAGGAUGCACAUGCCCAAUUAGAUCUCUUGCAAAGAUGUGCAGCUCAGUGGCAGGAUUACCAGAAGGCAAGGGAAGAGGUUAUUGAAUUGAUGAAUGAUGCAGAAAAGAAACUGUCUGAGUUUUCUUUAUUGAAGACUUUUUCCAUUCAUGAAGCAGAAGAAAAAUUGUCAGAACACAAGGGUUUAGCGUCAGUAGUUAACUCUUUCCACGAGAAAAUUGUGACCCUAGAGGAUAAAGCUUCACAACUGGAAAAAACUGGAAAUGACGCAAGCAAAGCAACCAUAAGCAGGUCAAUGACUACUGUCUGGCAGCGCUGGAGUCGUCUCCGUGCUGUAGCCCAGGACCAGGAGAAGAUUCUAGAAGAUGCAGUGGCUGAGUGGAAGAGCUUUAACAAUAAGGUUAAGAAAGCCACUGAAAUGAUUGAUCAGCUGCAAGAUAAAUUACCAGGAAGUUCUGCAGAGAAAGCCUCAAAAGCAGAACUUUUAACUCUUCUUGAAUGUCAUGACACAUUCGUUGCAGAGCUGGAACAGCAACAGUCAGCCCUCGGCAUGCUGAGGCAACAAGCACUGAGCAUGCUCCAGGACGGGGCCACGCCAUCCCCUGGAGAAGAGCCCCCCAUCGUGCAGGAAAUCAUGGCAAUGCAAGAUCGGUGCCUGAACAUGCAGGAGAAAGUGAAGAAUAAUGGAAAGGUGGUCAAGCAAGAGCUGAGGGAGCGAGAAGUGGUGGAGACUCAAAUCAACUCUGUGAAAUCUUGGGUUCAGGAAACAAAGGAAUAUUUGGGGAAUCCAACAAUAGAAAUAGAUGCUCAACUUGAAGAACUUCAGAUUCUACUAACAGAAGCCACAAAUCACCGACAGAACAUUGAGAAAACGGCUGAAGAGCAGAAGAAUAAGUACCUGGGUCUUUAUACUAUAUUACCUUCUGAGCUCUCCCUUCAGUUAGCUGAAGUGGCAUUGGACCUAGGAACUAUCCAUGAUCAGAUCCAGGACAAAGUAAAAGAAGUUGAACAGGACAAGGCCACGAGCCAGGAAUUCAGCCGACAAAUUCAGAAGAUAGCCAAAGAUCUCACAACAAUUCUGACUCAGCUGAGAGCAAAGACAGAUAAUUUAGUUCAAGCUACAACUGAACAAAAGGUGCUAGGAGAGGAAUUAAAUGGCUAUAAUGUAAAGUUGAUGGAACUAGAUGAAGCAGUACAGAAAUUCUCGGAACACAAUGGCCAACUGGGUAAGCCACUGGCCAAGAAGAUAGGAAAACUGUCUGAACUUCACCAGCAGACCAUUAAACAGGCUGAGAGUCGGCUCUCCCAGCUCAGUCAGGCAGCAUCACAUUUAGAAGAAUACAAUGAAACGCUUGAAUUGAUUUUGAAGUGGAUUGACAAAGCUAAAAUCUUGGUACAUGGGAAGAUUGCGUGGAAUUCUGCAAACCAACUUCGGGAACAAUACAUUUCACACCAGACCAUGCUAGAAGAAUCGGAAGAAAUCCACAACGAUCUGGAAGCAAUGACUGAGAAAUUACAGUGCCUCGCUAGCGUGUACUACACAGAAAAAAUGUCUCAGCAAGUGGCAGAACUGGGACGGGAGACGGAGGAGUUGCGGCAGGUGAUCAAAAUUCGUUUGCAGAAUCUCCAUGAUGCUGCCAAGGAUAUGAGAAAAUUUGAAACAGAGCUUAAAAACUUACAGUUUGCUUUGGAGCAAGCCCAGACAACCCUGACCUCUCCAGAAGUUGGACGCCUUAGUCUCAAGGAACAACUCUCUCAUCGACAACAUUUGCUGUCUGAGAUGGAGUCACUCAAGCCAAAGGUCCACGCUGUGCAGAUCUGCCAGAGCGCGCUCCGGAUCCCAGAGGAUGUGGUCACCAACUUGCCGCUCUGCCACGCUGCUCUGCACCUGCAGGAAGAGGCCAGCCGGCUUCAGCACACAGCGAUCCAACAGUACAACAUCAUGCAGGAGGCUGCGGUGCAAUAUGAACAGUAUGAGCAAGAAAUGCAGCACCUGCAGGAGCUUAUCGAAGGAGCUCACCGAGAGAUUGAGGACCAGCCUGUGGCCACCAGUAACAUCCAGGAGCUGCAGGCCCAGAUUUCUCGGCACGAGGAGCUGGCUCAGAAAAUCAAGGGCUACCAGGAGCAGAUCUCCUCUUUGAACUCCAAGUGCAAGAUGCUGACGAUGAAAGCCAAGCACGCCACCAUGCUGCUGACGGUGACCGAGGUGGACGGGCUGGCGGAGGGCACAGAGGACCUGGAGGGGGAGCUCCUCCCCGCAACCUCGGCCCACCCCUCUGUGGUCAUGAUGACUGCAGGUCGCUGUCACACUUUGCUGUCACCUGUCACUGAGGAGUCUGGGGAGGAGGGAACCAACAGUGAGAUUUCCUCUCCACCUGCCUGUCGCUCCCCUUCACCCGUGGCUAAUACAGAUGCUUCUGUUAACCAGGACAUCGCUUAUUACCAAGCCUUGUCUGCUGAGCGCUUGCAGACGGAUGCGGCAAGGAUUCACCCCAGCACAUUGCCAUCCCAAGAGUUCUAUGAAGCAGGCCUGGAGCCAUCUGCUACUGCUAAACUGGAUGAUUUGCAGCGUUCUUGGGAAACCUUAAAGAAUGUGAUCAGUGAAAAGCAGCGCACACUCUAUGAAGCUUUGGAACGCCAACAAAGGUACCAGGACUCCCUCCAGUCCAUCUCCACAAAGAUGGAGGCCAUCGAGAUGAAACUCAGUGAGAGUCUAGAGCCUGGCAGGAGUCCAGAAAGCCAGAUGGCCGAACAUCAGUCUUUCCCACAGGCCUUGAUGGAUGAGAUUCUCAUGCUUCAAGAGGAAAUCACUGAGCUCCAGUCGUCGCUCGCAGAGGAGCUGGUGUCCGCAUCCCCGGAGUGUGACCCUGCGGAACAGCUGGCCUUGCAGUCCACACUCACCGUCUUAGCGGAGCGCAUGUCCACCAUCAAGAUGAAAGCAUCAGGGAAGCGACAGCUUUUGGAGGAGAAGUUAAAUGAUCAGCUGGAGGAACAGAGACAGGAACAGGCCCUGCAGAGGUAUCGUUGUGAAGCUGACGAGCUGGACCACUGGCUCUUGAGCACUAAGGCCACCCUGGACAUUGCACUGGGUACGCCCAAGGAGCCCAUGGACAUGGAGGCCCAGCUGGUGGACUGCCAGAACAUGCUGGUGGAAAUCGAGCAGAAGGUGGUAGCCUUAUCGGAGCUCUCCGUCCAUAAUGAAAACCUGAUGUUGGAGGGCAAGGCUCACACGAAGGAUGAGGCUGAGCAGCUGGCUGUGAAGCUGAGAACCCUCAAGGGGAGCCUUCUGGAGCUGCAGAGAGCGCUGCAUGACAAGCAGCUCAACAUCCAGCAGGGAACAGCACAAGAGAAGGAGGAAGGCGAUGCUGACUUGACUGCUGCUCAGAGCCCCAGUGUCCAGGAAUGGCUGGCCCAAGCUCGCACCGCGUGGACCCACCAGCGACAGAGCAGCCUCCAGCAACAAAAAGAGUUGGAACAAGAAUUAGCAGAGCAGAAGACUCUCCUCCGGUCGGUGGCCAGUCGCGGGGAGGAAAUUCUGACCCAGCAUUCAGCAGCGGAGACCUCUGGUGGUGUUGGCGAAAAACCUGAUGUGUUAUCCCAGGACUUGGGGAUGGAAGGGGAGAAAUCUCCUGCUGAAGACCAGAUGAGAAUGAAAUGGGAAAGCCUACAUCAAGAAUUUAGUACCAAGCAGAAACUACUACAGAAUGUUCUGGAACAGGAACAAGAGCAAGUGCUCUACAGCAGGCCAAAUCGGCUCCUGUCUGGCAUGCCACUCUACAAAGGGGACGGGGAGACCCAAGAUAAAUCUGCAGUGACCUCUUUGCUGGAUGGAUUGAACCAGGCCUUCGAGGAGGUUUCGUCCCAGGGUGGAGGGACGAAGAGGCAGAGUAUUCACUUGGAACAGAAGUUAUACGAUGGGGUCUCAGCCACCUCUACUUGGUUGGAUGAUGUCGAAGAACGUUUAUUUGUCACCACAGCCCUUUUACCAGAAGAAACAGAAACUUGCCUCUUCAACCAAGAGACUCUUGCCAAAGAUAUUAAGGAAAUGUCUGAAGAAAUGGAUAAGAACAAGAACUUGUUUUCCCAAGCAUUUCCAGAGAAUGGCGACAACCGAGAUGUUAUUGAAGACACUUUGGGUUGUCUUUUGGGCAGGCUAUCCUUGCUCGACUCAGUAGUCAAUCAACGAUGUCAUCAGAUGAAGGAAAGACUUCAGCAAAUACUCAAUUUCCAGAAUGAUCUGAAGGUGCUGUUUACCUCACUGGCGGACAACAAGUACAUCAUUCUGCAGAAGCUGGCAAAUGUGUUUGAACAGCCUGUGGCAGAGCAAAUAGAGGCAAUACAACAGGCUGAAGAUGGGCUCAAGGAAUUGGACGCAGGAAUCAUUGAGUUAAAGAGGCGUGGUGACAAGUUGCAGAUUGAGCAACCUUCCAUGCAAGAGCUUUCCAAACUCCAGGACAUGUAUGAUGAACUGAUGAUGACCAUUGGCUCCCGGCGGACUGGUCUGAACCAGAAUCUUGCACUCAAGAGUCAGUAUGAACGAGCCCUGCAAGAUCUGGCCGACCUGCUAGAAACCGGGCGAGAGAAGAUGGCAGGCAAUCAGAAGAUUAUCGUGUCUUCCAAAGAAGAAAUCCAACAACUACUUGACAAACACAAGGAAUACUUUCAGGGCCUGGAGUCUCAUAUGAUCUUGACUGAAACGCUCUUCAGAAAGAUAAUCAGCUUUGCAGUCCACCAGGAGACUCAGUUCCAUGCAGACCUGAUGGCGCAGGCUUCAGCCGUGCUGAAACGGGCUCACAAGAGAGGUGUAGAGUUGGAGUACAUUCUAGAGACAUGGUCCCAUCUGGAUGAGGACCACCAGGAGCUCAGCAGACAGCUGGAGGCAGUGGAAAACAGCAUCCCGAGCGUGGGUUUAGUGGAGGAGAGCGAGGACAGGCUCAUCGACCGGACAACACUCUACCAGCAUUUGAAAUCCAGCCUUAAUGAAUACCAGCCCAAAUUAUAUCAGGUAUUAGAUGAUGGGAAACGACUUCUGAUAUCCGUUAGCUGCUCGGAUCUAGAAAGCCAGCUAAAUCAACUUGGAGAACACUGGCUACAUAAUACCAACAAAGUGUCUAAGGAGCUUCACAGAUUGGAAACGAUAUUGAAACACUGGACCAGAUAUCAAAGCGAAUCUGCAGAUCUAAUUCACUGGCUACAAUCUGCAAAAGACAGGCUAGAAUUUUGGACUCAACAAUCUGUGACAGUCCCACAAGAACUGGAAAUGGUCCGCGAUCAUCUGAAUGCUUUCCUGGAGUUUUCCAAAGAAGUGGAUGCCAAAUCUUCCCUGAAAUCGUCUGUUCUGAGCACUGGAAACCAGCUUCUUCGAUUAAAGAAAGUGGACACAGCUGCCCUGCGUUCUGAGCUGUCACACAUUGAUGGCCAGUGGACUGACCUGCUGACGAACAUCCCAGCUGUCCAGGAAAAGCUCCACCAGCUCCAGAUGGAUAAGCUGCCUUCUCGCCAUGCCAUUUCUGAGGUCAUGACCUGGAUUUCUCUCAUGGAAAAUGUUAUUCAAAAGGAUGAAGAGAAUAUAAAAAAUUCCAUAGGUUACAAGGCAAUUCAUGAAUACCUUCAGAAAUAUAAGGGUUUCAAGAUAGACAUUAACUGUAAGCAGCUGACCGUCGAUUUCGUGAAUCAGUCUGUGCUGCAAAUCAGCAGUCAGGAUGUUGAAAGCAAACGCAGCGAUAAGACCGAUUUUGCUGAGCAACUUGGAGCAAUGAAUAAAAGUUGGCAAAUCCUGCAGGGUCUGGUAACAGAGAAGAUCCAGCUGUUGGAAGGCUUGUUAGAAUCUUGGUCAGAAUAUGAAAAUAAUGUACAGUGUCUGAAAACGUGGUUUGAAACCCAGGAAAAGAGACUGAAGCAACAACAUCGAAUUGGAGAUCAGACUUCAGUUCAGAAUGCAUUGAAAGACUGUCAGGAUCUGGAAGACUUGAUUAAAGCAAAAGAAAAAGAGGUAGAGAAAAUUGAACAGAAUGGACUUGCGUUGAUUCAGAACAAGAAAGAAGAAGUGUCUGACGUUGUCAGGAGCACGCUCCGGGAGCUCAGCCAGACCUGGGCAGAUUUAGACCACAUGGUUGGGCAGUUGAAGAUGCUGUUGAAGUCGGUGCUGGACCAAUGGAGCCAUCACAAAGUGGCCUUUGAUGAGAUAAACAGUUACCUGAUGGAGGCGCGAUAUUCUCUCGCCCGGUUCCGUCUGCUGACCGGCUCUCUGGAAGCUGUGCAGGUUCAGGUAGACAGCCUUCAGAAUCUUCAAGAUGAUCUGGAAAAACAGGAAAAGAGCUUACAGAAAUUUGGCUCUGUCACCAACCAAUUAUUAAAAGAUUGUCACCCACCUGUGACAGAAACUCUUAGCAAUACACUGAAAGAAGCCAAUAUGAGAUGGAAUAACUUGCUGGAAGAGAUUGCUGAGCAGCUGCACUCCAGCAAGGCCCUACUUCAACUCUGGCAAAGGUACAAGGACUACUCCAAACAGUGUGGGUCUAUGGUUCAGCAGAAGGAAGAUCGAACCAAUGAGCUCUUGAAGGCAGCCACUAACAAGGACAUCGCUGAUGACGAAGUUGCUACAUGGAUUCAAGAUUGCAACGACCUCCUCAAAGGACUGGGGACAGUCAAGGAUUCCCUUUUUGUGCUGCAUGAGCUGGGAGAGCAACUCAAGCAACAAGUGGAUGCUUCGGCAGCAUCAGCCAUUCAAUCUGAUCAGCUCUCUCUGAGUCAACAGUUGUGUGCCCUAGAGCAGGCUCUUUGCAAACAGCAGACUGUGUUACAGGCUGGAGUUCUUGACUAUGAAACUUUCACCAAGAGUUUAGAAGCUUUGGAGGCCUGGGUAGUAGAAGCUGAAGACAUCCUGCAAGGGCAGGACCCUGGCCACUCAUCUGACCUCUCGACCAUCCAGGAAAGGAUGGAAGAACUUAAGGAACAGAUGUUAAAAUUCAGCAGCAUGGUCCCAGACUUAGACCGUCUAAAUGAGCUUGGCUACAGGUUACCCCUGAAUGACAAGGAAAUCAAAAGGAUGCAGAAUCUGAACCGGCACUGGUCUCUGAUCUCCUCUCAGACAACAGAAAGAUUCAGUAAGUUGCAGUCAUUUUUGCUUCAACAUCAGACUUUCUUGGAAAAAUGUGAAACAUGGAUGGAAUUCCUGGUCCAAACGGAACAAAAGUUAGCAGUAGAGAUCUCGGGCAAUUAUCAGCAUCUUUUGGAGCAGCAGAGAGCACAUGAGUUGUUUCAAGCAGAGAUGUUCAGUCGUCAGCAGAUUUUGCACUCGAUCAUUAUUGAUGGGCAACGUCUUCUAGAGCAAGGUCAAGUUGAUGACAGGGAUGAGUUCAACCUGAAAUUGACACUUCUCAGUAAUCAGUGGCAGGGAGUGAUUCGCAGGGCCCAGCAGAGGAGGGGCAUCAUUGACAGCCAGAUACGCCAGUGGCAACGCUACAGGGAGAUGGCAGAAAAGCUUCGUAAGUGGUUGGUUGAAGUGUCCUAUCUACCCAUGAGUGGUCUCGGGAGUGUUCCAAUACCACUGCAACAAGCAAGGACCCUCUUUGAUGAAGUGCAGUUCAAAGAAAAAGUGUUCCUGCGACAGCAAGGCAGCUACAUCCUAACCGUGGAGGCUGGCAAACAGCUCCUGCUCUCGGCUGACAGUGGGGCUGAGGCUGCCUUGCAGGCCGAACUCACUGAAAUCCAGGAGAAGUGGAAGUCAGCCAGCCUGUGUUUGGAGGAACAGAGGAAAAAACUGGCAUUUUUGUUGCAAGAUUGGGAAAAAUGUGAGAAUGGAAUAGCUGAUUCUCUGGAGAAACUACGAACUUUCAAAAAGAAGCUUUCUCAGUCUCUACCGGAUCACCACGAAGAGCUCCAUGCAGAACAAAUGCGUUGCAAGGAGUUGGAAAAUGCAGUGGGGAGCUGGACAGAUGACUUGGCACAGUUGACACUGCUGAGGGACACCCUCUGUGCCUGCAUCAGUGCUGAUGAUAUCUCCAUCCUGAACGAACGCAUGGAGCUUCUGCAAAGGCAGUGGGAAGAACUAUGCCACCAGCUCUCCUUAAGGCGGCAGCAAGUAAGUGAGAGGUUGAACGAAUGGGCAGUCUUCAGCGAAAAGAACAAGGAGCUUUGCGAAUGGCUGACUCAAAUGGAAAGCAAAGUUUCUCAAAAUGGAGACAUUCUCAUUGAAGAAAUGAUAGAGAAGCUCAAGAAGGAUUAUCAAGAGGAAAUUGCUAUUGCCCAAGAGAGCAAAAUACAGCUCCAGCAAAUGGGAGAACGCCUUGCUAGAGCCAGCCAUGAAAGCAAAGCGUCGGAGAUUGAAUACAAGCUUGGAAAGAUCAACGACCGGUGGCAGCAUCUCCUGGAUCUCAUGGCAGCCAGGGUAAAGAAGCUGAAGGAGACUCUGGUCGCUGUGCAGCAGCUGGAUAAGAACAUGAGCAGCCUGAGGACGUGGCUGGCUCACAUCGAGUCAGAGCUGGCCAAGCCGAUAGCCUAUGAUUCCUGCGACUCGGGAGAAAUACAGAAGAAGCUUAACGAACAGCAGGAGCUUCAGAGAGACAUAGAGAAACACAGCACGGGCGUGGCCUCUGUCCUCAACCUGUGUGAGGUCCUGCUGCAUGACUGUGAUGCCUGUGCCACAGAUGCCGAGUGUGAUUCCAUCCAGCAGGCUACACGAAACCUGGACCGGCGAUGGAGAAAUAUCUGUGCUAUGUCCAUGGAAAGAAGGCUCAAAAUUGAAGAGACGUGGCGACUGUGGCAGAAGUUUCUGGAUGACUAUUCUCGUUUUGAAGAUUGGCUGAAGACUUCAGAAAGGACAGCUGCCUUCCCCAGCUCUUCUGGGGUGCUCUAUACAGUUGCCAAGGAAGAACUAAAGAAAUUUGAGGCUUUCCAGCGCCAGGUCCACGAGAGCCUGACUCAGCUGGAGCUGAUCAACAAGCAGUACCGCCGCCUGGCCAGAGAGAACCGCACUGACUCUGCGUGCAGCCUGAAACAGAUGGUUCACGAAGGCAACCAGAGAUGGGACAACCUGCAAAAGCGUGUCACCUCCAUCUUGCGCAGACUCAAGCAUUUCAUUGGCCAGCGUGAGGAGUUCGAGACGGCACGCGACAGCAUUCUGGUGUGGCUGACGGAGAUGGAUCUGCAGCUCACUAAUAUCGAGCAUUUUUCUGAGUGUGACGUUCAAGCUAAAAUAAAGCAACUCAAGGCCUUCCAGCAGGAAAUUUCUUUGAACCACAGUAAGAUAGAGCAGAUCAUUGCCCAGGGAGAACAGCUGAUAGAAAAGAGUGAACCCUUGGAUGCGGCCGUCAUUGAGGAAGAGCUGGAUGAACUCCGACGUUACUGUCAGGAGGUCUUCGGCCGCGUGGAAAGAUACCAUAAGAAACUGAUUCGCCUGCCCCUCCCAGAUGACGAGCACGACCUCUCUGACCGGGAGCUGGAGCUGGAUGACUCGGCAGCUCUCUCGGACAUCCACUGGCAUGACACCUCUGCGGACAGGGUGCUCUCCCCCCCGCCCUCCUCGAACCCCUCCCUCUCACUCGCUCAGCCCCUCCGGAGUGAGCGGUCCGGACGAGACACCCCAGCCAGUGUGGACUCCAUCCCGCUGGAGUGGGACCAUGACUAUGACCUCAGUCGUGACCUGGAGUCGGCCGUGUCCCGAACUCUGCCCUCUGAGGAUGAAGAGGGUCAGGAAGAUAAAGAUUUCUACCUCGGGGGAGCUGUUGGCUUAUCAGAUGUAAUGAUCCCUGAAAGUCCUGAGGCCUAUGUAAAACUCACAGAAAAUGCAAUCAGAAAUACCGCUGCGGAUCCCAGCGCCUUAGAGUCACAGAUCCGACAACUGGACAAAGCCCUGGAUGACAGCCGCUUUCAGAUGCAGCAAACCGAAAAUAUCAUCCGCAGCAAAACUCCCACGGGACCGGAGCUGGACUCAAGCUACAAGGGCUACAUGAAACUGCUGGGCGAAUGCAGCGGCAGCAUAGACUCAGUGAGGAGACUGGAACGCAAACUGAGGGAGGAAGAAGAGAAUUUUCCUGGCUUUGUCAACCUGAAUAAUACGGAAACCCAAACAGCUGGCGUGAUUGACCGAUGGGAGCUCCUGCAGGCACAGGCCCUGAGCAAGGAGCUGAGGAUGAAGCAGAACCUCCAGAAGUGGCAACAGUUCAACUCUGACCUGAGCAACAUCUGGACCUGGCUGGGGGAGAUGGAGGAGGAACUGGAACAGCUACAGCGCCUGGGGCUCAGCACCGACAUUCAGUCCAUUGAGCUCCAAAUAAAAAAGCUCAAGGUAGCUGCCCUUGGCCUUUCCCCCAGCGGCCAGACAAAAAGCUGCCGUGUGGAAUGCCAGGAGCUCCAGAAAGCUGUGGACCAACGCAAAGCCAUCAUCCUCUCCAUCAAUCUGUGCAGCUCCGAGUUCACCCAGACUGGCAGCGAGGAGAGCCGGGACCUGCAGGAUCGCUUGUCCCAGAUGAACGGGCGCUGGGACCGUGUAUGCUCGCUGCUAGAGGAGUGGCGGGGCCUGCUGCAGGACGCUCUGAUGCAGUGUCAGGAUUUCCAUGAAAUGAGUCAUGGUUUGCUUCUUAUGCUGGAGAACAUCGACAGAAGGAAAAAUGAAAUUGUUCCUAUUGAUUCUAACCUAGACGCAGAGAUACUUCAGGACCAUCACAAACAGCUUACGCAAAUAAGGCGUGAGCUCUUGGAAUCGCAGCUCAAAGUGGCCUCACUGCAAGACAUGUCUUGCCAACUGUUGGUGAAUGCGGAAGGCACAGACUGUUUAGAAGCCAAAGAAAAAGUCCAUGUGAUUGGAAAUCGGCUCAAACUUCUCUUGAAGGAGGUCAGUCGUCACAUCAAGGAGCUGGAGAAGUUGUUAGACAUGUCCAGCAGUCAGCAGGAUUUGUCUUCCUGGUCUUCUGCUGAUGAAUUGGACACCUCGGGGUCUGUGAGUCCUACAUCAGGAAGAAGCACCCCAAACAGGCAGAGAACGCCACGAGGCAAAUGUAGUCUCUCACAGCCUGGACCCUCUGUCAACAGUCCACAUAGCAGGUCCAUAAAAGGUGGCUCCGAUUCCUCCCUUUCUGAGCCUCCGCCAGCUCGGUCCGGCCGAGCCUUCCUGCUCAGAGUCCUCCGAGCGGCUCUUCCGCUUCAGCUUCUCCUGCUGCUCCUCAUCGGGCUCGCCUGCCUUGUACCGAUGUCAGAGGAAGACUACAGUUGUGCCCUCUCCAACAAUUUUGCCCGAUCAUUCCACCCCAUGCUCAGAUACACAAAUGGCCCUCCUCCGCUCUGAACCAAGCACAGUCGCCGUCUGCAGCAGUGCUGGUCACAUGCGGAGGAUGUGGCCAAAAGUGAUCCCAAACUCGCAAAAAGAGGACCCAAAUCUUGGCGAAUGCCCUCGGUGUGGCGGCUUUAGUUCUCCUGCCAUGUGUGCAAAUCAUGGCUUCAGAGGUGGAUGAUAAACCGUAACAGGAGGCGAGCAAAUAAAAGAUUUGGAAGAAAUUUUAUUUGAAACUCUGAUCCUCAGCAUUAGAGAUGAAGGACCUCCAGUGCUCCCUGGAUGCGUGACUUCUGGGCUUGUGGCCCAUUCUCUGGGUCCCCAAGGACUUGAGUAGACCGACUGGGCAGCUUUCCCACGGUGCUGCUCCACCCACUCAAUAGAUGAUGCUACCUGGCCGCCAUGUCAGUGUUGAACAGUCCGACAACCAACCAACCAACCAGUGCUGGAGAGAUUUUAGAACCUUGUACCAUACAAUUUUUAAGAGCUUAUAUGGCAGCUUCCUUUUUACCUUGUUUUCCUUUUGGGCAUGAUGUUCUAACUUUUGCUUUAGAAGCACAAGCUGUAAAUCUAAAAGGCACUUUUUUUAAAGUUAUAAAGAAAAACUGGAUGUAAUAAAUAAGAACAUGGAAGGCUUUAUGUGAAAAAAGAAGUUGAAUGUUAUAGUAAAAAAAAGAUAUUUAUGUAUGUACAGUUUGCUAAAGCCGUUUUGUUUGUAUUGAUUUCUUUGCAUUUAUUAUAGAUACUAUAAAAUA